AUGAUGACUAGAUAUCUCAACAACACUCGGUCUGUGAUCACUGACCUCGUAACGCGAAAAGACGACCUAAAAGGGAUACAAGUCCUACUCGGCCUGUCCGUUUUCCUGAUGGGAUCGCCAGAGGUAGAGCUCGUACCGACCCUGGUCGCAUCGGCGGUCAAACUUGCUCAAUGGCUAGGUCUUCAUCGCAAGCUAGGGGCCAAUUAUCUUGAUCACAGUGAAGCAAAGGAGAGAGAGCGGGCAUUUUGGAUAACCUAUGUCCUCGACCGAGACACCAGCCUCCGCACUCGCGGCCCAUGUCUGAUUCAGGAUCGCGACCUGGACAUGGAAGUGCCCACUUUUGAGGGCACAGGCACAGAAGACAUGGUGGGCAUCCUCGUCGGAUCUGACGGCCGUUCAUGGUUCAACUUCUUUCGGUGCCGCGUCUCCUUGGCUCGCAUCCAAGGGCUGGUAUAUGACUGGGUAUUUUCCCUGCAGGCCGAGAGACUCUCAGCGUCCGAGAAGUACGAGAACAUGAACAGGAUCGCGACUAUGCUGCGGGAGUGGAGGACUGCUAUUCCGGAGGAGUUCAAAGUGGACCGGCUAGAAAAUAUGGACCCGGCUGUGGCUCAGCCCCUCGCGAGCCUGUACUUGACCGAGUGUUUCACUCUGUUCAAAGCCCGGGCGCACACGGCGUUCUCAAACGACUUAGACUCUAUGAAGAUCCUCACAGAUUGCUGCAGCCGUUGGGCGAGUGGAUAUGGUCGCCUCUCCGGACAACAUAAGAUCGAGGCUGAAUCGAUUGUGCUACCGGAUUGGCAGAACCUAGUUGCCUCAGCAAGAGUCUGUGGGAAGCUGUUCCCCAGGAGCCAAGACAUGAAUCCGCAGGCAGCCUUCUUGUACAGGAACAGGUGCGCAUACAUCUCAGCGAUGGUAAUCCUCAUUGCGAACAAGAUGUGGAUUUCUAGACAUGUAUUGUACCCCGAAACGGGAUAUGACGAUGAUUUCAUCCAAGAGAGCCUGCAGUUCAUCGAAAAAAUGGAAGAUAAGACUGGUGACGACCCAUUUCGGAGAAUGCACACCGCAGCCUCGGAGCUCAACUCCAGAGCCAGCCUUGCCGCGAUGACUCGCGCUCCUCGACUCGCGACGUUCAACGCUCCUAGCCUGCAGAUGAAUCAGGGGUACUUACGGGGCAAUUUACUAGCCCUGGAGGAAUCUGAAUUCCAAGCAGAGACGGCCGAAGAUCCCUGA